ACACGAGGGCGCUAAUGAGUUAACGUGCCCGAACACCGUCUCACACCCCUUAUAAUCCACAGGAGAGGAAGCAGUGUUAGAAAGGGGCCGUCCGACAUGCUGAUCAGCCUUCUCCAGCACAGCGGUCGCAGCUUGUUGACUCUCAGGACGGUCCAGACUCUGAAUAAAAGCUUUUAUUCCUCCCAGAUGGCUAAACGCGUAGCUGUGGUGCUGGCGGGCUGCGGGGUUUAUGACGGAAGUGAAAUCCAUGAGGCCUCGGCUAUUCUGGUCCAUCUGAGCAGAGGAGGUGCCACCGUGCAAAUGUUUGCUCCCAACAUCGACCAGAUGCACGUAGUCAAUCACCUGAAAGGUGAACCUUCUGAGGAGAAGAGAAACGUUCUGGUGGAGAGCGCACGACUCGCCCGCGGGAAUAUCCAGGAUCUGUCUAAGCUCAGUACCAAAGACCAUGAUGCCAUCAUAUUCCCAGGUGGUUUUGGGGCGGCGAAGAACCUGUGCACGUGGGCAGUGCAGGGGAAGGACUGCUCCGUCAACGAUGAGGUGAAGGCCGCUCUGCAGGCGUUCCACAGCGAAGGCAAACCCAUCGGCCUCUGCUGCAUCUCGCCCGUCCUGGCAGCCAAGGUGCUCCCGGGCUGCGAGGUCACCGUCGGCAUCGAGAAGGACAGCAAGUAUCCAGACACGGCGGGCACGGCCGAAGCCAUCAACCAGCUGGGCUGCAAACACGUCAGCAAGGGCGUUGGCGAGAGCCACGUGGACGAGAAGAACAAGCUGGUCACCACCUGCGCCUUCAUGUGCGACGCUCCCAUCCACGAGAUCUUUGACGGGAUCGGAUCCAUGGUGCAGGGCGUCUUGAAGAUGGCCUGAUUCGGCAGAAGACCGCAGAAUGUUGGAGUGUAGAUUUGCCAAUUCGUUUUUGUAGACAGCUGCUGAGUUGACGUCAAGGAGAUACAAACUCGAUUAAAAACAGAUGCUCUUGAAAUGUUAGCUCUUUGGGGAUAGUUCUGACAUCUGCAUCAUGUUUGAAUUUUUUUGGUUCACCAAAAAAAAAAAGGAUUUAUUUUAUUGCAUUCAAACACUCAUUGUUGAUGAUAUUUCUGAGGAUCAAUAAAGAAAACUUGCUUUGCA